AUGAAUCACACAACAUCAAUCCGAAGCACAAGGGUGCCACUCGGCGCGCCGAAGCUCAGCAGGCCCUCUAUUCCCCCCAAUAGAUAUGAGUUGAUUUUGCAAAUACUUGCAGUCAUCUUCGAGGUUGUCCUCAGUAUCUUGGCCUCGAAUGGCAUAGCCAACCUGAAAUUGCGCAAAUCUUUGUCUUUUUUCCAAGAACUAUUUACACCAUCACCAAAACAUCAUGAGCCAAAGAAAACAAUCAAGGUCAUUAUCGCGGGUCUUCCACGGACUGGCACCAUCAGCAUGAAAACAGCUCUACAAGAACUGGGUUACAAAAACUGCUUCCAUCUGGCCGAACCGCUCUGCCAGUUUGAGAACCUGAAGCGCAGUGCCGAAAUUGUCCACACCAAGGACACUAAACUGCGGCGCGAGAGGCUGGCGGUUCUGUUGGAAGGCCACGAGGCGACCCUCGAGGUCCCAGGCAGCGCUUGUCUCCCCGACCUCUUGGAGAUGUAUCCCGAUGCCAAGGUAGUCCUGACCGAGCGCACCUCGGCCGAGGUCUGGCUCCGGUCCUGGCACGGCUUCGGUAUCGACUUGCGCUCAAGCCUCUUUCGCAUGCUCGGGUACUGGGUGCCGGGCAUUGUGUCUGCCAAUGACCUGUACCGCGGCUGGGUGCAGUUGGCAGCCGAGCGCUUCGACCUCCCUGCCCCCGAGCCAUCGGUGGAGAUGUACCACGCCCAUAAUGCCUGGGUCAAGAGCAUUGUGCCCAAGGAGAGACUCCUAGAGUUCAAGUGCCAGGACGGCUGGGAGCCGCUGUGCGACUUUCUGGGCCGGCAACGACCAAACGCGUUCCCGCAUGGCAAUGAAUCUGGGUAUCUGAAAUACUAUAAGCGAGUAGCCAUGGUUCUUGGCUUUGCUCUGUGGGUGCUUGUCAUAGCGGUGAUGCUUUUCGGUGUCCGGCUAUUGAAACUGAAAUGA